CUGUAAUCUGUGACGCAAGUGUCCUAAUAUGUUUGUGACGUUCCACGGAACCCACGUUAUUGUUUUAAACUCGAUUCUGAUUGGCUUGCAGGACAUUCAACUAUGUGAGUUAUACAUUUUGAAUGUGCUUUUACGUCAGUGUGACAGAUUCACAAUACCGAGCGUUUCUCAAACGGUCCUGCGGUUUUAUCUGCCUAACGGUAUCUUCACGCACGACUGGAUAGGCCUUUUGGAUACGCUUGUCCAAGGCCCAAGACAUAAAGUAGCCUGCAAUCAUUCCAUUGCUGACCCAUCGGAUGGUUAUCACAUAGAGGAUUGGCUUAAUCUAGAAUCAUGGAUACCUUUCAUAUCUGCGCAUCACAAGUUGGAACUAGUGGUCAAAAUUGGGACAAUGUUGCCCAAAAUAAAUGUUUUCAUGGAGUGAACAAGACCUGCCAACAGAGCUCACUGGAGCAGGGAGACAUCCCGUCAUCCCUUCGGCACCUGACAAAGAUUCAGAUCCUGCUGAACGAUGUUAAGCAGUCGAUUAACCACAUGCAGGGGAAGCUGAACACCAUGCAGGGGCAGUGUAUUGAGUUGCAGACUGCCAUAUCUAAGAUCAUCCCAGCAGCCGACGUUGCUGUACAGAGUGGGUGGGGGGGAACAUCCAACAUCGCUGGGCAGGGGGAGGGGAUCCUCCCAAAAGCCAACUUUGCUGCGCAGAGGGAGGAGGUCCUCCGAGCAUCAGGCCUCAUCCCUGCACAGAGGGAUGGGAUCCUCCAAACAACCAGUGUCCCUGCACAGAGGGAAGGGAUUCUCCCAGCAGCCAUCAUCACGGCACAGAGGGAGGAGAUCCUCCGAGCAUCAGGCCUCAUCCCUGCACAGAGGGAUGGGAUCCUCCAAUCAACCAGUGUCCCUGCACAGAGGGAUGGGAUUCUCCCAGCAGGAAUCUUCCCAACAGCCAGCGUCCCUGCUCACAGGGAGUGGAUCUUCCCAAAGGCCAGUGUUCCUGCACAGAGGGAGGGGAUCCUCCCCACAGCCAGCGUCCCUGUGGAGAAUGGAAACAAUCAUCCACAACCACCUCCCAUCAUCCCCAUGUUGGCACCACUGUGGAAAUGGGAUGGUGGAGUGUGUACUCCACCUGUGGAUUUCUAUUCCAAGAGAAGAGAUGUCCGGCUUAGAUAUGUUGAGCAUCCUGCUAUGAUGUCCAUCACCAAGCCAGAACACUCCGAGGCCAACCCUCAGUGCCAGACUGGCAGCCGGCCGGUGGCUGAGCCCGAGACCCCUGCUGUUCACAAGAACAGUGGAAGCUGGCUCAGCUGGGUCUUUGGGAGUGGAAAAGUUAAUAAGAAGGAGGUUCAUCUACCUGAGGACAAAGACAGAUCUAUUGUCUGGGAUCCAACUCUGCACAGAUGGGUUGACAAAACUGAGCCCAAGGCUGAGGUAUACACUUAAAUUACAUUCAAUAAAAAGCAGUGAAAGACCAUUGUAUUUCAACUGUGCUAAUGU